UGCCACCUGUCAGUGUCCAUCAGUGCCUUGUGUCAGUGCCCAUCAGUGCCACAUCAAUGCCACAUAUCAGUGCCAGUCAGUGCCACCUAUCAGUGUCAGUCAGUGAUACCUAUCAGUGCCAGUCAGUGCCGCCUAACAGUGCCAGUCAGUGUAGCCUAACAGUGCCAGUCAGUGCUGCCUAUCAGUGCCAUAUAUUAGUGUCAUGUAUCAGUGCUGCCUUUCAGUGCCCAUCAGUGAUGCCUGUCAAUGCCCAUCAGUGCCACCUACCAGUGCCUCCUCAUCAGUGCCCAUUAGUGCCACCUAUCAGUGUCCAUCAG